CGAAUGUGUGGGGGAGACAGACGGGCGGAAGAGGCGCGAGCCGGGCGUAUUCAGUAAGUAAAAUUACGUGGAGCAAUUGGUAACGUGGAAGUAUUCCGGUAGGAGUUGGCCCAUACCCGCACAUAACUCCCGUGGGCCCAGCAGUACAGGCCAGGUACUACGUACGUGUAAACAAUCUCGCUGUUUUUCUCCUUCCCUCUACUUCGUGACCCCUUCUCUUCCACUUCCUCCUCCCCCCCCCCUCCCCCUUUACCCUUCCAUCCGCCCUCAAUUGCUGUCGGAAAUUGGACUUCCGAUUAGGCAAUCAUGACUUUGACCCGCUCUCAAACGGGGAAAACCCCCAAGAAGAUGGAGCGCCCCGGUUAUAUCGAGACCCCUGGUCGUCGUUCCACUCGCAAGAGCGUUCCCUUCGACAUGAGCGAGAAAGACGUGUCCGACACUCCCUCCGAGACCCGGUCCAAGUCUACCACUCGCCGUCGCACUUCCGCCAAGGUCAAAUCGGAGGACGAGGAGGAGAUUGAGACUCCAGGAAAGGUUGCGACCAAUGGCCACGCCGCCAAUGGCUCGGCCAAGCCCAAGUCGCGCAUCGUCGACGGUUGGGAGGAAGGCUUGGACCCCAAGAUCGACUACAGUGGACACUAUGAAUUUGGUGGCUCUCCUGGUGUCCUGGCCAUGAUGAUCGGGUUUCCCAUGCUCAUGUACUAUAUGUGGAUUGGCGCGACCUACUACGAUGGCAAGUUCCCUCGUCCUGAGGAGGACCAGAGCUACGGCGAAUUCUUCUCCCACAUGGUGAAUUUGGUCUACACCGGCGCGUUCCCGUCGCUCAAAGCCUGGACUAUCUACUGGGUGUUCUUUAUCUUCGAGGGUGCCUGCUACGUUCUUUUGCCCGGUGUUUCUGUCUCUGGACGGCCGCUGCCUCACUUGGGUGGUAAGCAGCUUCCGUACUACUGCUCUGGCGUGUGGUCGUUCUACACUAGUAUCAUUCUGGCGCUGGUCCUCCACUUCACUGGCCUCUUCAAGCUGUACACCAUCAUUGACGAGUUCGGCCCUCUUUUGAGCGUUGCGAUUCUGUCUGGCUUCCUGGUUUCCUUCGUGGCCUACUUCUCGGCCCUGUUCCGUGGCCAGCAGCACCGCAUGACUGGUUCGCCGAUCUAUGACUUUUUCAUGGGUGCGGAGCUCAACCCCCGUAUGUUUGGCAUUCUUGAUUUCAAGAUGUUCUUCGAGGUCCGUCUGCCUUGGUACAUCCUGCUGGGCCUGUCUAUGGGUGCUGCCGCUCGUCAGUACGAGAACUACGGUUACGUGUCCGGCGAGGUUAUGUUCCUAGUUAUGGCUCACUUCCUCUAUGCCAACGCCUGCUCCAAGGGUGAGGAGUGCAUCGUGUCUACCUGGGAUAUGUACUACGAGAAGUGGGGCUUCAUGCUCAUCUUCUGGAACCUGGCUGGUGUCCCCUUGAGCUACUGCCAUUGCACUAUCUACCUGGCCAACCACGACCCCUCCGAGUACCGCUGGAACCGUUUCUUCCUCGCUUUCUUGUACAUUGCCUACCUCUUUGUCUACUGGGUCUGGGAUACUACCAAUAGCCAGAAGAACCGUUACCGCCAGCAGGAGCGUGGUACUAUGGUCCAGCGCAAGUCUUUCCCCCAGCUGCCCUGGCAGACUCUGGAGAACCCCAAGACUUUGACCGGUCCCGAUGGAUCCAAGAUUCUGGUCGAUGGGUGGUACGGCAAGGCUCGCAAGAUCCACUACACUUGCGACCUGUACUUCGCCCUGAACUGGGGUCUGAUCACUGGCUUCUCCAGCCCGUUCCCUUGGUUCUACCCCGUCUUCUUCGCUUGCAUGAUUUCCCAUCGUGCUCUGCGUGACAUCCAGCGUUGCCGUAUCAAGUACGGCGAGACCUGGACUGAGUAUGAGAAGCAGGUUCCUUACCUGUUCAUUCCUUACGUCUUCUAAUCUACCCACUUAAUUGGGCACCCAUCUUCUGUUGCAUAAACCCCCUUGUUUUAUAAUAUUUGUACAGGGGCUUCGAGGCCAAACUGUUUCCUGGCAGCCCACCAAAACUUCUUCUUCCAUGCCCACUUUUUGGGGACUUUUUGAAAACGACUCGAGAUAUUUUUUCUUAUAAUGCUUGCCAUGGUUCCAGUGCCGCGGAGAUCCUAGUUGAAGGGUGCCUCCCGGUGACGGGUCCAUUAUUCCGCUUCGUGUACAUUAUUCAAUGAAGUUUUUCUUCUUAUGUUGUUUUAUAUCUGGAUUUUGUUUUAAUCUUUGCUGUUUCUACCCUUUGGGAAGUUGGACUUUUUGUCAAGACCGUUCUUAUUGCAUAUAAUCAUUCCUCGGCGUUCCAUCUACCUACGGGUUAUGAUAUUUUGAAAUUUUCGGAUUCUCCCAGUCAUUGAAUAAUGCGUCAAUAUUAGAUCAGUG